UAAGAGAUACAGCCAAAAUUCUAUAAUAGUUUCCAGGAUAACGAAGGACGAAUAAAUAGUUGGGAAUAAAUAUUAUUAAAGGUUAUAGUGAAUAAAAAUGGAGUGAGAAAAAAUUCUCUGCCAACACAUCCGUUUAAAAGACCGCCCUUAUAAAAGUGGUAAUACUGUAUUCCCAAAUGUUUACAAGCAUAUUGUUUUGCAUAUUUCCUCGACACUUUGGCUAUACAGCACAACUAUAAAAGCCCCUUAAUUGUGAAGUUAAGAUCAGUCGCAUAAGACCAAGCGCUUGGAUGCAUUAAGAUAUUCGCCAACAUAUCUAGGCUUUAUCUUUGUCAUUCUGAUAUAUAGAACCGCAUAUCAUAAAUCAUAAUAGUAAAGAAUUCAAAUAAAUAAAUAAAGCAUGGAAAACAAUACCGGGCAGACAGUUAUUCAAAUGUCUAUCGAACAAUUAAAUUCACUUAUCGAUACAGCAAAAUCUGCAUCCACCGCCGCCUGCACCAAGGGCUCGUUGAGCAACUGCACCAGUCACUUUCGCGGACAACGUGACCACGAGGCCGUCGAAGAGUUCAUCACAGCGAUUGUGGCCUAUAAAGAGCUUCAGUCGAUUAGUGAUGAAGAUGCACUUAAAGGACUAUCGCUCCUGCUGCACGGUAUGGCCUCCACAUGGUGGCAAGGUGUACGCAAAGAAGCGAAAACGUGGACCGAUGCUAUCACACUGAUUCGCCAACAUUUCUCACCCACCAAACCAGCAUACCAAAUAUAUAUGGAAAUGUUUACUAAAAAGCAGGACGAACGCACUCCCAUCGACACCUUUGUCUGUCAGAAGCGUGCGCUGCUUGCACAGUUACCGGAGAAACGUCACGACGUGGAAACCGAAUUGGAUUUGGUUUACGGCUUAGUGAACAUUAAAUAUCGUCGACAUAUACAACGACUGGAUAUUAAGACAUUCCCGGAGUUAUUGGAGAAGGGUCGCAUCAUUGAACACAAUAACUUGGAGUACGACACAGUGCAAUUAUUGCAUGCCACUAAACGAAACAAACGCUGCAGCCACUGUAACUUCCGUGGUCACACUUACGACGAAUGCCGAAAACGUAAAAAUGAAAGCGAUGGCAAAACUAACGAUGUCAGAACCAGUUCCAGUGAAGCGAAUGAGAUUCAAUAAGAAGCUCUUAGUCAAGCAGUAAGACUACAGACCAACGCAAUAUUUAGUAUAUAAGUAAUAUUUAAAAUAAUUUGUAAAUUAACACACUUUCAACACUCACCUCCCCAUCCGUAUCCGCAUCGACGUCACACAAAGUGUUUACUAAAUUUCUCGAAUUGAAUUGAGUUAUUGGUUCGGAGGGCAAAGUAAUCAAGGCAACAAUUUACUGAGCCAUUUACUUUGCCCGAAAAAAUAUACGAAAUUCAAUAGAGAGGGACUUGGUAACAUUUUAAACAGAUCAUCAGUCAACACAACGCAACAAGCGCUAAAACGCCGUACCUUCACGGCUCAAAUUGGCCGACAAACGCCAGCAAUGACCAACGACAAUUAAACAACUUCUGGAGAAUGGUACUCGGAGAACAAUAUCCAGAGGUUCACUACAAAUGAGUCAUCGUGAGCAUCAGCCACAGUUCGUUAUUUGCCUCAGUGAGUAUUUGUUUUAUUAUACAAGCUUCUUCCAUUCGGCAAACAGAAUUGCAGCUUUAACUUCGUAAAUUUUUUGGCGUCAACUCAGGUGCGUGCCGAGCAAUUAAAAUCGUUGUUAACCCCUCAGCGGCUCGGCAUGUAUCUGAGAUGACGCAGUUUUCUAUUAUAAGUAAAGGUUGCCGUUUUGUGAGUUGUAAUCGAAAAUAGUAAGUAAAGAAUACUCUUGAGGACACUGACAAACUUCAAUGGCUGCAUGUUCCUACGACUCAAACUUCGCUGCACUCAAUAGUAGAGGCUUGCGUCUCUGAAGAUACCUAGCAAGUUUUGUUUUGAUAUAUAUUCGGGUAGCAGGCGCUCGCAACUGAGUGCAGCGAUCUCCAACGUUGUAUAUUGCUGUCUACAAUUUUGCGCUGUCUUACCGUUAGACGCAUACUGUUGAUAUUGCAGUGUGAUUGGCGUUUACACGGGCUCUCUCGUAUAGCUACGUGUGUGACAAGGCCACUUCAUAAAAGGUGGGAGCAGCAGCUGAAAACAAAAAAAAACUAAUUCUUGACUUUAACGCUCAGAACAACAAGCUUGUUGUUGCCACCUUGUAUGUAUUCGCCUUGACAUCUGGCAUCUCACAGCAGACGUACAUGCAUAAGUACAGUAUACGUAAUAUACUCGAGAGCGGCAUUGGUUCACGUCAAUACCGCUGUCAUAUUAUAUUAUGUGUCAUUGGUAGAGAGCGCAAAAGUUUGGACAGCAAUUCCAUAUGUGACAAAAAAUUUAUUUAGGCACUUGCAGGUGCGCCUCUCUUCAAAUGAGUACAACGAUGGCUAGGCAUUCGCCAUUCGUACAGACGUUGGCACGCCAAACUGCCGCUCAGCAGACCUGCACUGCGUCAGGUGUAAGGCACGUCAACUAACUCAACAUCGUCUUUCCUUGGUCUCUGAUUCGUCAUAACAUUCGCAUGUGAAUCUCCAGAAAUGUUGUGACUGUCAUGGACCCCACGCUUUUACAGUUCCACAUGUACUAUUCCCACACUAUUCGAUGACGCCACCUCAAAAGAAACAAACGGCGGCUCUGGCCAAUUGUUAUGGUCUCCGAUAGAGCGCCAAAUAAUAAUCUGGAGCACCUGGCCCACAUUUCGGUUGAUCGUCUAAUGGUCAGAUAGAUCGUCAGCAUUGCGUGCUUUCAUCGCCUGAUCUUCUGGCAUCGAGUACUGUGGGAAUUCGCAUGUGGAACUUCAACGAGCGAAUAAAACUGUAAAACCUAUCCACUUCUAACUAACUAAUAAAUUCAUACAAACCAAACAAAAACUCAAAC